GCUACAGUUGAGGAAAAUGAAUAUGAACAAGAAGAUGAACAAGGAGGUUACGAAGAAUCGAGUACCCGAGAAUUUGUCGAAACUCAUAAUAAAGUUGUAAAGUGUGAUACUCACGAAGUGUGCUAUGAUUACCGUGAACCUCAAACGUGGUGUAAAUUGGAAGAGCACCAGCAAUGGACGGAUAAAGGAUGCUUCUGUGAUGAAAAAUUAAAAUCAUGCAUAAUUGAGCGGAAAAGUGGCAACAAAUUGCAAUAUGCUAAUUGCGCACCCUCUCACAAUUGGGAUUGUGCUGAUGAUGAUGAUAAUGACGAUUGA